AUGGCGGCAGCGGCAGCGGCGCCGCCGGGGCCGGGACUCGAUCUGGACCCGGGGCUGGGGCCUAUCCUGCGGGAGGCCGUGGCGGCUCUGGACCGGGCCGGGGCGGAGGAGGGGCUGGCGGCGGCCCUGGGCGCGGUGCGCGCCGCUCUGGAGGCGGCAGGCGGCCCAGCCGCCCUCGGGGAGCGGGAGCGGGCGCUGUUCGGCGCCUUCCUGCGCAGCCUGGCCCGGGCGCCUGGCGCGGCGCGGCCCGAGGGCGUGUGGCAGCGCUGCUUCCUGGAGGGCCCGCCCGGCCUUGUCCUCUUCGUCUUGCUGGAGGCCCUUGGCUCCGCAGGCUCUGGCCUUGACCCGAGGGAGGUAGUUGAGGUCCUGGAGCAGUUCCUGCAGGAGGGCCGGUUGUCAGCGUUACUGUGGGAGGUCUGUCAGCAGCAGGCACAGGCGGGCUGCCCGGAGCUGCAGGAAGCCCUACUCAACAAGAUCGUGUGUUUGCCUGAGCAUGUGAGCAAUAAACUCCAGGGGAAAAACCCACCAGUGUUCUUCCCACAGAACUACUUCCCUCUCCUGGGUGAUGCAGUUCUCCAGGUGCUAGAGAAGAUCUCUGACUGUCUGCGGGGUGGCUUGGAUUGCUCCAUCUCUUUUGUUUCUCAUGUCCUGGGGAAAGUGUGCAUUCAUGGAAGGCAAAAGGAAAUUCUGGGAGUUUUGGUGCCCCGCCUGACAGAUCUCACCAAGUCAGACUGCAUCUGGCAGAGGAUAUGCUGGCGGUUGGUGGAAUGUGUGCCAGACCGCUGGAUGGAAGCAGUGGUCCUUGGUUUUGUGCAGAGAGCACCUGGGGCAGAUGUCUUGUCCAGAUUGCUAGGAAACCUGGUUAUGAAGAACAAGAAGGCUCAGUUUGUGGUGACACAGAAGAUGCUGCUCUUGCAGUAUGGCCACACGACGGCCGUGCUCCAGAACCUCCUCGGCUACCUCUCUCUGGACAGCCUCCGGCGCACCUUGUUGCUCAGAGUGCUACAGGAGCUAUUGGAGACUUGGAGCAGUGGCAGUGCUGUGAAACACUCCCCAGCUGAGCAGCAGCUGUACAUUAGCAAGGCCAUCCUCAUCUGCCUCUCGCACCUGAAGGAGCCUGAAAUUGAGAGCUGCAGACAAGAGCUUCUGACAAGCAUGAUGGAGGGUGUGAAAUGCCACUUGGACAGCAGUCUGCCACAACUACGGCAUCUGGGCAUGGUGGUAGCAGAGGCCAUCAGCUUGAAAAUAAACACUGAGGGGCCUGUCCUGAAGUUUGAGUAUGAAGAAGAGGAUGAAACAAGAGAAUUGAAGUCACUUCUGGUGCAGGCUCCAUCAUCUUGUAUUGUCCCCAGCCUUCCAGAUGAUGACAGGAGUGAGAAUGCAGGUGCUGCACUGCCACUGGUACUGGAGAAUAGUGAGAAAUCCCAUACAGCAGCCCCUGUGAUGCCAGAUGAGGAGUCGGAUGCUGAGCUUGACAGUGAUGAUGAUCUCAUCCCUUAUGACAUGUCUGAGGAUAAAGAGCUAAAAAUUAAGGCUCCUGUGUAUAUCCGAGACUGUAUUGAGGUUCUGACUGGAUCAAGAGCUGAAGAUGUGGACAAAUGGGAAGCUACAGUCAAGGCCCUUGAGAGCUUGGUACGGAAGAAUCCAGCAGCAACAAGAGAGGUUAGUGUGGAGCUGGCAAAAAUAUUACUUCAUCUGGAGGAGAAGACCUGCAUUGAAGGCUUUGUGGAGCUCCGUCAAAGAGCUCAAGUAGCUGUUUUAACCACAGACCCAAUACCUGUUGCAAAGUACUUGACCUCCCAGUUCUACUCUCUGAACUACAGUCUCCGUCAGCGCAUGGACAUCCUUGAUAUAUUGGUUUUGGCAGCUCAGGAACUGUCCUGUCCCAUAUUCCAUGGGAAGACCAAGCAUUCUGGUGCCCAAAAGCCUUGUAUCCAGCUCCUUUCAGGUAGUGACAGCUCUAAGGGCUGGAGGAGAAUUGUUGAUGAGAGGAUCAAAAGCAAGACUCGGAGAUUUGAUAUGGGUCAGUCUCGUGUGGAACUUGCUUCCCGCCCAAACGAAUUCAAUUCUGUUGCUGGGUAUUUCUUUUUCCCAUUGAUUCAGCACUUUGACAGGCCUUUAACAACAUUUGAUCUUCUGGGGGAAGAUCACUUAGUCCUUGGAAGACUGGUCCACACUUUAGCAAUCCUGAUGUACUUGGCUGUCAACACUGUGGCAGUAACAGCAAUGGGAAAGGCACUGCUGGAGUUUGUUUGGGCGCUGCGUUUCCACACAGACUCGUAUGUGCGCCAGGGCCUUUUGUCCUGUAUCUCCUCCCUUCUCCUCAGUGUCCCUAUGGAGCAUAUUCUGGGAGACAUGACAGAGGAGCUGUUGGAGACUCAGUCCUGGCUGGGAGAUGUGAUGGAGAAAGAUCCUGAUGGGGACUGCAGAAGGCUGGCCCUACAAAACUUGCUGCUAAUGGAGAACCUGAAAAAGAAACUUGAAGCUGUUCCUUCCUAGCUGAAGGCUGGAGUGUGCGGGAGCAGCCAUUUGUCUGCUGCUGGAAGGGAUGGCAUGGUGGAAGGAAUGGCACUGCUGAUGGGAUGCAAGCACUGGACAGCUACACUGAAGUGCUGAAAAGUGUGCCAGACUUUAAAGGUCUAAGCUAGAGCUGGGCUGUGGUUAGGAAGGAAUAGGUCAGGGAGUUAUUUUUGUAUAAUCUUAGUACAGAAGUAAGUUUCUACUAAAGAAUUUCUAAUUCUAAUUUCUACUAAAGAAAAUUAAUGUUCAGAUUUUGACCUUAAAAUCUCCCCAACCCUUCUUCCCUGAAAGCAAUUUAGAAACUUCAUGUUCAAGUUUUGAAGCAAGUCAGAAAACAUGAAAAAGAAUUCUAAGUGUAAUAGCUGGCUGGUAAGAAACAGGAGUGACCUGAUACCCCUUGGCAGGGCAGGGUGACAAGCAGAGAGAUGAGCAGAACCUUGGUUUUUACACUGAGCUUCACUUCUCUUCAGUCCUGCUUGUGCCAGGGAAGAAAUUGGCCUCCAAAAAUCUGACCAGUACAGAGUGACUUGAUGUAACUGGUGUUUGGAGAAGGAGCUUCAAAGUAAGAAAGAAGCUUCACUUGCUCAGAGUGACCAGCUUGAGCAGGGGUUGGGCCAGGGGGCAUCCAGGAUCCCUUCUAACCAAGGCAUUCUGUGACUCUGAGAUUUACUUAUAGAUGUUUGUAAAUGGUUGCUCUAUCCCACAUGAUCCUCUGAUGUAUUUAAACACAGAAGCUUUUGUUUGGGAAACUCUGCCUUCAGCUGCAGGACUGGGUAUUUUGACUAUUAACCAAGCUUCUACCCAAAUGGGAUGGAGAUUGUUUUCAGAAGGUCUCACUUCUAGGGAAUCACAGAUGGGCACCUUAGCAGAUCAGAGUUGUACUUGAAAGGCAAUUCGCAGUUUCCACCUCGGUUAUUCAGCUCUUCUGUACUGAGAAAGAAGUGAAGUUACAAUAUGCAGUUCUUACUGGUUUUUUCUGCCUCAAAUUUAUUAAAAUACUAAAACCAGCUUUCUAACAGGAUGUACAUGUGAAUCGUUGUAUGCUGUGCUUGAGAGAAUAUAUUAACUCUAACACUGUUGCUUGUACAGUCAAGCAGGAAAAAUAAAUUUCUUGGUAAUAACCAAAAA